UCGGGUCCGCCCGCCCGCAGCGUCUCGUUGGUGCUGCCGGUGACCUCCGACCCCGCGGCCGCGGGGCGGGGCGGGGAGGCCUUAGCUCCGGGCGGGCGGCGGCUGCUGCAGCGGGACCCGGGAGCGGGGCCCGGCGCCGCCCGGGCCGCGGGGCGAUGUGAGCCCCAGGUGUGUCCCAGAGGGAUCCAGGUGACUUCUCUGCAGACUACUUGCCAUGAUGCCCCACCAAGAACAGGGGGAAUAAAGUGGGGGUCCUUCCCCAUGCCCCUCCCAUGGUCAGCUCCCCGAUGGCCUGGGUGAGGGUGACCUGGCUGUUCUGACACCAUGGGGAGCUGCUGCAGCUGCCUGAACAGAGACAGCGUCCCAGACAACCACCCAACCAAGUUCAAGGUGACAAAUGUGGAUGACGAGGGGGUGGAGCUGGGCUCCGGAGUCAUGGAGCUGACACAGAGUGAGCUCGUCCUGCACCUGCAUCGGCGCGAGGCUGUCCGCUGGCCCUACCUCUGCCUGCGGCGUUAUGGCUACGACUCCAACCUCUUCUCCUUUGAGAGUGGCCGCCGGUGUCAGACGGGCCAGGGGAUAUUCGCCUUCAAGUGCUCCCGGGCCGAGGAAAUUUUCAACCUGCUUCAGGAUCUGAUGCAGUGCAACAGCAUCAAUGUGAUGGAAGAGCCGGUCAUCAUCACACGCAACAGCCACCCGGCCGAGCUCGGCCUCCCUCGGGCCCCCCAGCCUCCCAAUGCUCUAGGCUACACUGUCUCCAGCUUCUCCAAUGGCUUCCUUGGCUGCCCAGGAGAGGGCCCGAGAUUCUCAGCACCCCGGCGCCCUUCGACGAGUAGCCUGCGACACCCCUCGCUUGGGGAAGAGUCCACUCAUGCCCUCAUUGCUCCUGAUGAGCAGUCCCACACCUAUGUCAACACGCCAGCCAGUGAGGAUGACCACCACAGGAGCCGGCAUUGCCUGCAGCCCCUGCCCGAGGGCCAGGUGCCCUUUCCCCCACAGGCCCGGGGCCCCGACCCCCAUGACCCCCAGGUGUUCUUGCAGCCGGGCCAGGUGAAGUUCGUGUUGGGCCCAACCCCGGCUCGGCGGCACAUGAUGAAGUGCCAGGGCCUCUGCCCCAGCCUGCAUGAUACCCCCCCCCACCACAACAACAACAACGAGGGCCCUUCUGAGUGCCCGGCCCAGCCCAAGUGCACCUAUGAGAACGUCAGUGCGGGGCUGCGGCCAGGGGCAGGCUGGAGACUGAGCACGGAGGAGCCAGGCUGGAAUGGCCUUGCCCACCGCCGGGCGGCCCUGCUACACUACGAAAACCUGCCCUCCCUGCCCCCUGUGUGGGAGAGCCACACCCAGCGGCUGGGGGAGGAGGCUGGGGAUGACGGAGACUCAAGGGAUGGGCUCACUCCGUCCUCCAACGGCUUCCCUGAUGGUGAGGAGGACGAGACCCCGCUCCAGAAGCCCACCAGCACCCGGGCUGCCCUCCGUAGCCAUGGCAGCUUCCCUGUGCCACUGAGCCGCCGCCGAGGCUCCCCGAGAGUCUUCAACUUUGAUUUCCGCCGGCCGGGCCCUGAGCCCCCCAGGCAGCUCAACUACAUCCAGGUGGAGCUGAAGGGCUGGGGUGGAGACCGCCCCAAGGGGCCCCAGAACCCCUCGGCUCCCCGCGCCCCUGUGCCCACCACCCACCCCACCCGCAGCUCAGACUCCUACGCCGUGAUUGACCUCAAAAAGACCGUGGCCAUGUCCAACCUGCAGAGGGCGCUGCCCCGAGACGAUGGCACUGCCAGGAAAACCCGGCACAACAGCACCGACUUGCCUCUGUAGGGACGUCCUUCCUCCCGCUCUGCCUCAUGCUCCUGUCCCCCGAACCCACACCCCGGGUUCCAGGCUGCUUUGCAGAAGGGCACUGAGGUGGAACCAGAUGCUUCCCUCUGCUGGCUGGUUCCCCCAAGACACCAGCCACUAAGUCUCCUGGUCUCCAAGUUGGGGAGAGAGGAAGGGUGACCAGGCGAGGAGGGAGCCAUGAUGUAAACUGUGAAGGGUUCCUCCGAUGCAUCUAGCACCCUCCCGUUACGUCCAUUUGUCUUAUCUGUCGUCUGUGUGUUUUCUUUGGUUGAAAUUUUGAAACAUUUUGUACCUGUUGAUUUUAUUUAUCAGUUUAUUUUUCUAUUUAUUGUUUUAAAUGUAAUUUAACAUAUUUAUUAUUAAUAUAAUUAUUUUU